AUGUCUCACUCACACGACGGAGCUCACUCCCACUCCCACGAAGCCGUUGACCAUGGCCACACCCAUGAGAUCCUCGAUGGUCCUGGCUCCUUCUUGGGCCGCGAGAUGCCCAUCGUGGAAGGUCGCGACUUCCGCGAACGAGCCUUCACAGUCGGCAUCGGAGGGCCUGUAGGCUCAGGAAAGACCGCUCUGAUGCUGGCCCUCUGCCUCGCCCUACGCGAGAAGUACAACAUCGCCGCUGUCACCAACGACAUCUUCACCCGCGAGGACUGCGAGUUUUUGACCAGACACAAAGCACUGCCUGCCGAGCGCAUUCGCGCCAUUGAAACAGGUGGUUGCCCUCAUGCUGCUGUCCGCGAGGACAUCUCGGCAAAUCUGCAAGCUUUGACAGAACUGCAUCAAGAAUUCAACACGCAGUUGUUGCUUAUCGAAUCUGGUGGUGACAACCUCGCUGCAAACUACAGUCGCGAACUUGCGGAUUUUAUCAUCUAUGUUAUUGAUGUUUCGGGCGGUGACAAGAUUCCGCGCAAGGGCGGUCCGGGAAUCACGCAGUCUGAUUUGCUUGUCGUCAACAAGACCGAUCUGGCUGAGCUGAUUGGUGCUGAUCUUGGAGUCAUGGACAGAGAUUCGAGGAAGAUUAGAGAGGGUGGUCCCACUAUCUUCGCACAGGUCAAGAAUGGCAAGGGUGUAGAUCACAUUGUUGAUCUGAUACUGAGUGCUUGGAGAAGCAGUGGCGCAAGUCAGGCUAACCCUCAAUAG